CCAGACCUGCUCCACCACAGGCACUGUGAAACACACCAGCUCCUGUCUGCUCUCCUGGAGCACAGUGAGGCUUUAUUACCGUGGAAUUAACUUCUGAAUUGACUUCUCCAUGGUUUCUGGAGGGAAGGCAAAACGUAAUCCUGCAAAGCCCUGAGCGAGACUGAGGUCUCCUCCCUUUAGCCGACCCAUUUGACGAGGAAUUUGGCAGCAACAUACUACCUGAGGGAUGAAUGAGGUUUCCUCCAAUUUAUUAAAACGUUGUCGCCUGGUCAGGGCUGAGACGGACCCCACUUCCAGCACUCGCACCUCUCCCAGUCAGGAUGUCUCAGGUGACAAAGAGUCGGCCUUCCCUCUCUCGUCCCUGGCCGAUGUCCUGGAUGCGGAGGAGGCCAGUCCUCCUCCACCCACCCAACCUGAGAACAGGCUGAAUCUGCGCAACAAGUUCCAGGGAGCCUUCAAGAAGGGUAUCUCUAACCCCAUGGACCUGCUUGAUUCCAACAGUUACGAACCUCCGGUGCCCACGGGGCCGAAGAAGGCACCCAUGGACUCGCUCUUUGAUUACGGCACAUGUCGUGCUGCCAGUAAUCAAAAAUGGCGCAGGAAGAAACUCCCACGAGGGAUCACGGAUACCCUUGCAUCAUGUGAUGACAGCUCAGACCCUCCUAGGGUCGUGAAGGUCUUUAACCGCACGCUGCUUUUUGACGCCGUGUCUCGAGCUGACCCGGUAGCUCUGGAUGGCCUGCUGGAGUUCCUGCAGGGGUCCAACAAGAGACUGACGGACGAGGAGUUCAGAGAGCCAUCCACUGGGAAAACGUGUCUUCUCAAAGCUCUACUGAAUCUGUACAGCGGGAGGAACGACACCAUCCCUGUGCUUCUGGACGUCGCCGAGCAGACGGGAAACCUGCACGAGUUCGUCAACACACCCUUCAGGGACCUCUACUACCGCGGUCAGACAGCGCUGCACAUCGCCAUCGAACGGCGCUGUAAGCAUUACGCCGAGAUGCUGGUAGAGAAAGGAGCUGAUGUUCACGCUCAAGCUAGAGGACGCUUUUUCCAGCCACGGGAAGAGGGCGGGUACUUUUACUUCGGUGAGCUCCCUCUCUCACUGGCCACAUGCACUAACCAGCCCGCCCUGGUGCACUACCUCACGGAGAACAGCCACAAGAAGGCAGACCUGCGGCGUCAGGACUCACGUGGCAACACGGCCCUGCAUGCGCUCGUGCACGUGUCUGACAACACACGUGAAAACACACGCUUCGCCACUAAGAUGUACGACCUGCUGCUCAUCAACGGCGCCAAGCUUCACCCAGAAUGCAACCUGGAGCAGGUGCUCAACAACGACGGCAUGUCACCUCUCAUGAUGGCUGCCAAACUCGGCAAGCUCGGGGUUUUCCAGCACAUCAUUCGGAGAGAAAUCAAAGACGAUGAGGUGCGACACCUGUGCAGGAAGUUUAAGGACUGGGCGUAUGGACCCGUUUACUCGUCUCUGUACGACCUGUCCUACCUCGACACAUGCGGCGAGGACGUCUCUGUGCUGGAGAUCCUUGUCUAUAACAGCAGGAUUGAGAACCGGCAUGAGAUGCUUUCUGUCGAGCCGAUCAACGAGCUUCUGAGGGAAAAGUGGCGGAAAUUUGCGUCAGUGACUUUUUACAUCAGCGUGGUGUCGUACCUCUUUACCAUGAUCGUCUUCACACUCGUCGCCUACUACCGUCCCUCAGGAAGCGCGCCUCCAUACCAGUACGUGACGGCGGGAGACAAGCUGCGUCUGGCAGGAGAACUCAUCACCGUCAGCUCUGGACUAUUCUUCUUCCUAAGUAAUAUAAAGGAUCUGUUUCUGAAGAAAUGCCCAGGAAUGAGCUCCUUAUUUAUAGACGGAUCAUUUCAACUCCUCUACUUUGUGUACUCUGUGCUGGUGUUGGUGUCGGCGGCGCUGUACCUGGGCGGGGUGCAGGCCUACGUGACCGUGAUGGUGUGUGCGCUGGUGUUAGGAUGGAUGAACACACUUUAUUUCACCAGAGGCUUCAAACUCACUGGCACGUACAGCAUCAUGAUCCAGAAGAUCCUGUUUAGAGAUCUCUUCCGCUUCCUCCUGGUCUACUUUAUCGUCUUGAUCGGCUAUGCCUCAGCUCUGGUGUCUCUGCUCAAUCCGUGUCCCGCCAACAUCACAGUCAGUUCGUUUGACAUCAUGAACAAAUCCUACUGCCGGGACACGGCGGCUUUCGGCACCUUCCUGCUGGACCUGUUCAAGCUGACCAUCGGCGUGGGAAGCCUGGAGGAGAUGGUGCAGGGGACGCAGUACCCCGAGGUCUGCCUCAUCCUCUCGGUCAUCUACAUCGUGCUCUCCUUCGUGCUCCUGCUCAACAUGCUGAUCGCCCUGAUGGGUCAGACCGUCUCCAUGGUGUCCAAGGAGAGCAAGAAGAUCUGGAAGCUGCAGUGGGCGACAACCAUCCUGGACAUCGAGCGCUCUUUACCCAUGUGUCUGCGCAAAAAGUUCCGCGUGGGCGAAAUGGUGACGGUGGGCAGGAACUGGGACGGCACGCCUGAUAAACGCUGGUGCUUCAGAGUGGAUGAGGUGAAGUGGUCCGACUGGAACCACAAUCUGGGAAUCAUUAACGAGGAUCCGGGACAGAAAGAACAGAACGAGCCCUCGCACUCCAUCAAACGAGAUCGCUGGUCGCUGGUGGUUCCUCGUGUCAUGGAGCUGAACAAGAGCACCAGACACAGAGACCAUGUGGUGGAGAUGAUGCCGUUGAAAAACAGAAACAGUUUCAACUCUAGUUAAAGUUAACCCUGGACUGAACCACCAAGCUGCAGGGAAACCGAGACGUUAUUUUAUCUCCGGUAGUGCAGAGGACGGAGACAGGACAGAAGUAAAACAAGACUACUGUAUGUCAUGGCAAUAUAACUGGAAGGACAAAGAUCACAGUGGUCAAGAAAUAAAAACAGAACAUGGAAAUAAGGAUAAAGAACAUGGAUCAGACCCGAAGCAGGAGCAGAACACAGAAGACUGGAGCGAGACAGUAAUGAUCAGGACUGGACCAGGAGUCCAAAUCCACUACAGUUUUAUUAUGGGAGAGGACGACUUCAUAUAGACAAUCCUUUUUUUUUUUUAAAUAUAAUAAUAAUUAUGCAAUAACGUGAGGUCAUUUUUUCAGCAUUCUUUCUCAGGGAUCUUUCUGGAGACAACCUGGAUGUUCAUUAAUGAUCAUAAUAAAGUAAAAUAAUGAUGUCAUAAAUAUGAAGCAACAAAAACGCUCAAGACGACAUUACUGUUUGCAAAAAAAAAAAAAAUCCUGCAUUUGGUGCUUUUCAGGAAAGAGGCUGUUUUUAUUAUGAUCUAGAUUAAAGUGAUUUAUUCAUGAGUAAAUAUUAAUCAGAUAAACAAACAAACAAACAAACACAUUCCCUCUGCAAAUAAUUACCAGCGGUUUAUAAUAAUAAUAAUAAUGAUGAUGAUGAUGAUGAUGAUGAUGAUGAUAAUAAUAAUAAUAAUAAUAAUAAUAAUAAUCGUAGACACGUUCAGACUCUUGUUGAAUUUUGCAAUUAAACAUCCAUGAUGUACGAGCGCAUUUCAAUAAUAAAGGACCAGCAGAAAUGAGGCCAGGAAUGUCUUCAGAGAAUCACUUUGGUCCAAAUAGCUUUUUUAAACAUCUUAAACUUGAACAUCUGUGUCACAUAACACAUUAACAUUUUUACUUUACAUGGGUUUUCUUUUUUUUUUUGUAUAUUGUUAAAUUCUUUUUGUUCCCUGUUUGUUCAGACUGGUACAUAAAGGAAGCCUUUUUUACAUGUACAUACAUACACUUUUCAUGUAAGUAAAAUUUUUAAACAUAAUCAUAAUUCAUGAUGAGUCGAGCUGUAUAUAAUAAGAAAUGAUGCUGAAGGAUAUACAGGCUGAUGUAAUGGAUUAUAAAAAUUACUUUUUGCAGAAUAUGUGUAUAUUUCACACUACAGUACACACUAUAAACUGUAAACACUCAAAGAGCCUUUUUUAUUUAUGAGACUUUUUAUAUAAAGUACAGAUAUAAUAAAUAAUUACAAAUGAA